AGGCCAGACCCAGUCGCGGCAGUCGCCCAAUCUCAGAACAGAUUAGGGUUUCAAAUUUUCAAAUUUUCAUUUUCUCAGCUGCGCAGGCUCAGCUACAUCCCAGACUCCCAGUAUCCCACUCCCACGAUUCCCACACUGCCAGUGCCAGAGCUCAAGUCGCUGGAGUUGCUCGCCAACUUGGCAGACGGCAGACCACUCGGCGUCUUGGCCCUCGCCCAGUCGCUGACUUUCUCACCAGCCACUCGGCCAAGCUGUAUGUGUGCUUAACUGCAGUGUUUACACUGCCCCCACUCCCUCCCUUUUAUCCUUUUCUGCAAUAAAAGCCCUUCCGUUUUCGUAGACAGAUCACUAGAUCUCAAAAGUAACACUAGCAGUCUCGCGCCGGCACACCCACACGAUCACUGCCCACUGGCGGCUGGCCAUCAGACUUGCUAUAUUUGCUACUAUAUUGCCUUUCUUCAUGGAUUACAGAUCUCAUCCCUCCGUCCACAUGGCUGAUCCAAAGGAUAAGGGUCAGGGCAUUGCAGGAAUUUGGGGUAGUGGAUACUAUCUCCCCCACACUGAUGCCGAUGCCACUCGAAAGAUCGAUGAAUUGAUCGCCCCGAUCCGUUAUCUGGGUGUAAACAUGCUUGGUUUUACGGUCGAAGGGAUCAAUGCAAUCGGGCUGACUACGCAAGGAUUUACCAAGAUAACGCGUAUUUUCAAAGCUUACAGUGAACCGAAUGUUCUGGAAAAGCUUCUGAAAGAGGCGACUCGCGAGACUGUCCUUACCAACGCCCGCGAGAUUACCUUGAAGCAAUUUAUAGACCUUUGCCAAUGGCUAAGAACACCUGAAGGGCAGAGGGUCGCCCAGGACAUUCAACGCGCCGUAAAAAUUAAGAGGAAGGCGGGGAAAUCUGAGAACAUCCAAGGGUUUGCCUACGCCCAGAUCCUGCAACUUCUCCUCCAAGACAUGUCUGCCGAAGCUAGGACGAUCAGGACUCAGCAUGAAGCCGCCAUCGCUGCCCUCCGUAAGGAAAUAAUGAUGCAUGAAGCGAGUAUGCAGGCCGAGCUUGAUGGCCUUGGGGCGAAGUAUGAUCCUCCGGCCGAGUAAGCUGACCCACCGGUGCGUGAAAUGGGCCAGCAGUGCUAUGAUCUGUAUGUUCGUGAUGCAGAGAUGCGGGGUGUGCGCCCCAUGCCGCGCACCGAUUAUGAAAUCAAAUAAGCAGUCGUUUACUCUGCCUACUCUGAUUUUUAAGGAUUGUAUUGUUUUUGUAUGAGUUGCAACUUGCAAUUAAACAAAACAAAUAGGUUUUUGCAAAUGCUUUCCAUUUUUUAAAGCCCAUUAAAGACUGCAGGCUAAUCAUCCAGCAAAUACUAUUGUAGAGUUAUAAAGAAUGUCAAUUUUCUGUUUUGAGCC